CUGGAAGUUGAAAACCUCCUCAAGACUCUAUUAUCUUGAAUAAAGAGAGUCAUUUUGAUACCCAUAGUAGAUACUUUGUAACUUCAAAUGAUGACAAGAACAAAUGAUUUUCUUUUGAGAAAUACACUGCAAGUGAAAGUUUGUUUGAAUGUCCGUAGACUUGUGUUUUGCUUAAAAUGAUUUCAAUGUAUGUGUGUAUGUAUAUACAAGUUAGGGGAAUGUUUUAUAUACAAAUUUAAUGGUGACAGACAAUGGCACAUGAAGCUUCACAUGGUUUUGCUUACUCUGUUAUUAUCAACUAUUUCAAACAAUAAAUUUGUUUAAAAGCAACAUUAGGCCCCAUAUCAACAUGGACAAGAUGGAAAUCUAAAGGUCACCUAUCUACAUGACAAAGAAAGAGCGGAACAUGGUUUUGCUUCUUACCAGCAAUUGUUCAUUUAAUGGUUUCAAAUUAUUGGCAUUGAGAGAAGAAAGCAACAAACUUCUCAUCUUUUAUUUUCAAACUAGCUGCAUUCACAUAUUUUAGGCCCCAUAUCAACAUGGCCAACAGGCAUAGGCACAUGGCUUUGCCUUCGGUGGUUAGUCAUGACAAAAACUUCAGCUCCAACCCAAGGCCUGUCUAUAUACUCCUUAUAUAAAUAAUCUCCCAUUCAUGAUCCUUUUUCAUCAUCAAGCACAAGCAUUAUCAAUUUAGCCAUCAAAGGUCUCUAAAUUUCUCAUUUAUUUUUUUUGUUUCCAGUCAUCCAAAAAAGAAAUGGCAAUGCUCAAUGCUAAGAAACUCAUCAAGAUGGCCAGGAGAUGGCAGAAGUUUGCCGCUAUGCAGAGGAAGAGGAUUUCAUUUCCAAGAAAUGGUAGUGAUGCAGACAGUUGCAGUACAUCUUCAUCCUCUAUAGUUGAGAAAGGCCAUUUUGUAGUUUAUACAGCUGAUCAAGCCCGCUUUGUCGUUCCAUUGGCUUACCUCGAAAAUGAAGUCAUUAGGCAACUUUUAAACAUGUCCGAAGAAGAGUUUGGGUUGCCAAGUGGUGGCCCUAUUACAUUACCCUGUGAUUCAGCCUUCAUGAGCUACAUCAUUUCACUAAUCAAGAGAGGUGUAGCUGCUGGAGAUCUUCACAAAGCAGUGCUCCUCUCGAUUUCUUCAUGCUGUUGUUCAACUUCUUCUUUGCACCAAGAAAGUGGAAGCCGGCAGCUUCUUGUUUAUUGAGUUAAUUCCAACAUUAUUUUGUAAAUUUAGCUCAAAAUAGUUUAAAGAGAGGCAAACAUUGAAGAGUACACAAUUGUAAAGCACAACAUACAAAUUGAAUACUAUUUUAUUUGAA